CUCCUCUUCUUCUCCCUUCCCUCGCCUCGUCUUACCCCCAAAUUGUCGCCGGGAGCCUCCCGAUCCCUCGCCCGCCUCCCGUCGCGCGCGCCAGGUGGUCCCGGGGGCGGUGCUUGGCCUGCCGCCGCGAUGGAUCGCGCCGAGCUCACCACCGAGCAGGUUCUCAAGCGGGACAUUCCAUGGGAGCAUUACAUGUCAACUAAGCUUAUUUCUGGGACAUGCCUUCAGCUUUUACGGCGCUAUGACCACAAACCAGAGAGCCAGCGUGCUCCUUUGCUUGAAGAGGAUGGGCCAGCAUAUGUUCGAGUUUUCCUGAAUAUACUACGGAGUAUCUCUAAGGAAGAGACUGUGGAAUAUGUGCUUGCCCUCAUUGAUGAGAUGCUUGCAACAAAUCCUAAACGUGCAGCACUGUUCUAUGACCAAUCUCUGUCUGGUGAAGAUAUUUACGAGCCUUUCUUAAGAUUGCUCUGGAAAGGCAACUGGUUUGUACAAGAAAAAAGUUGUAAGAUAUUGACUGAUAUAAUAAGUGCGCGGCCUAAGCUUCAGAAUGGCAUGCUUCCAAAUGGAGACUCUUCGAAUUCGAAGAGCAAACUUACUUCAACACGUGAUGUGUUGAGAGGUUUGGUUGAUUGGAUCUGUUCUCAGCUGAGGAAUCCUACCCACCCGAGCUGUUCUGUUCCUACUGCUAUCCACUGCCUCUCCAUUCUGCUAAGAGAAGCAUACGUUAGGACAUUAUUUGUUCAAGCUGAUGGUAUCAAGCUGCUCAUUCCUUUAAUAUCCCCAGCGUCAACACAACAGUCAAUUCAGCUCCUUUAUGAAACUUGCCUCUGCAUCUGGCUUUCAUCCUUUUAUGAUGCAGCAGUUGAUUAUUUGUCCACUACAAGGGUUAUGCCAAGACUUGUAGAGGUUGUCAAAGGCUCUACUAAAGAGAAGGUGGUCAGAGUUGUUGUCAUGUCCUUCCGUAAUUUGCUGGCCAAGGGUGCAUUUGCUGCCCAGAUGAUCGAUCUUGGAUUGCCACAGAUAGUACAAAACUUGAAAGCUCAAGCAUGGACUGAUGAGGAUCUACUAGAUGCUUUGAAUCAACUAGAGGUGGGACUCAAAGACAAUCUCAAGAAGUUGAGCUCAUUUGAUAAGUACAAACAGCAAGUUCUUCUUGGUCACCUUGACUGGUCUCCAAUGCACAAAGAUCCAAGUUUCUGGCGUGAGAACAUUAACAAUUUCGAAGAAAAUGAUUUCCAGAUUCUACGUGUCCUGAUGACAAUUAUCGACACAUCAAGCGACACCACUGCUCUUGCCGUGGCCUGCUACGACCUCUCACAGUUCCUCCAGUACCACCCGUCUGGCCGAAUUGUGGUGGCAGACCUCAAGGCCAAGGACCGAGUCAUGAAGCUUAUGAAUCACGAGAAUGCUGAAGUGAGGAAAAACGCACUGCUGUGUGUGCAGAGGUUAUUCCUUGGUGCAAAGUAUGCCAGCUUCCUGCAGGCUUGAGGUAGACCGCACCGAGUUUUUGUAUUUAGAUCCAGAGAACCCCCACUGGCCAUUUUUCAGAAUGGCCGAACCAUGAUUGAGAAAGACCCUGAAAAUUCUUGUCCAGUAUAUCCUACUGUUAUUCGAUUUCCAGAACCGAUGUAUAAUAAAUAAUCAGCGCCAUACCCUUCUCGAUGUAAUAAAGUGUCCAUGGGCUUGUUGAUUCUUUCGUUCUUCUGAACAGAUUUCUAUGAAGUGAAAAGACAUGAUUUAUGUAAAUGUUAACUUAUACUUUAGCAAA